AUGGCAGCUUAUAACCCGGACCCGAUCCUCGGCAAGUUGAUGACCAUCGGCAAGGCCGACACCGGGCUCAGCAAGAUCGUCAGCGAGCAGGAAAUUGUCGACCUGUGCGUGGCCUCGUACAACUUGUUCAUGUCGCAGCCGGUUUGCCUCGAGAUCUCGGCCCCGGUGACGAUCGCCGGCGACGUCCACGGGCAGUACGGCGACCUGAUGCGCAUGUUCAACCUGGUCGGCUUCCCGCCCAAGGUCUCCUGGCUGUUCCUCGGCGACUACAUCGACCGGGGCAAGCAGAGCCUGGAGACCAUCUGCCUGUUGUUCGCCAUCAAGAUCAAAUACCCGGACAACUUCUUCCUGCUGCGCGGCAACCACGAGACGGCCCUCGUCAACCGCAUCUACGGCUUCUACGAGGAGAUUGUGAAGCGCUACGGUACCGCGCGGCUCUUCAAUGUCUUUCAGGACGUCUUCAACGUGAUGCCGCUGACGGCGGUGGUAUCGGAACGUAUCCUGUGUAUGCACGGGGGUCUCUCCCAGGAUCUGAUGCAGGCUUCAUCCCUGGCCGUCCUCCGCGACAUCACCCGCCCACUUCCGGACCCGCCAAACCCGUCGCUUCCGCUUGAUCUGCUGUGGGCCGACCCCGACAUUGCGGUCACCGGCUUCAAGUACAGCAUUCGCGGCGUGUCGUGCACGUUCGGCACCAACGUCAUCGACCAGGUGCUGAAGAAGCACAACCUCGACCUGAUCGUCCGCGCCCACCAGGUCGUCCAGGACGGCUACGAGUUCUUCCACAACCGCAAGCUGGUGACCAUCUUUUCGGCCCCGCACUACUGCGGCCAGUUCGACAACGCGGCCGCGGUGAUGCAGGUGAACAAGGAGCUGCGCUGCUCCUUCAAGAUUCUCCGCCCCAAAUUCCCGAACGCACAGAAGAAGACGGCCGGCGCGACCGACCCGAAAGACAUCACCUGCUACAAGCCAGUCACC